GAAAGGUAUGGAUUUGUCGAAGCAAGCAGAGGGACGUGGUAAUUACUCCGACUAACCGAGUUGGGGAUGAAGCCUCCUUCCCAGGACUCCCUAGCGUAUUCUCCGGCCGAUGCAACUUCUUGCAACUCUUCGCAACUCUUCGCAACACUUCGCAACUCUCGCAACUCCCGCCUCACCGCUGCUUUGAGUCCCCUCUCUUUUGCUGGGGACGUGUGUCUGUGUGUGUGCUUCACUUGCUGUUUAGUGCUGCUUAGUUCCACUUCCCACUGCUUUUCCCUUUCAAUCACCACCACGGCUUUCCAUCCCAUCCCAUCCCCACCUGUUUAGUCCCUUCUGAGUAGCCUGGUAAAAUUGACUAGACUAUUAUCAGUAAUUCUCUAA